ACUGUACCAGGAAGCACAGGACGCGUGAGAUGACGCCAGCCUGUGUGGGAACAUGAGCUCCUCGAACCUAAAGUUAUGACUAAAGUUAGACUAUGGCCGAUAAAGGUCCGUUUUUGACAGCAUGUAUUAUUUUUUAUCUAUCCAUUGGUGCUGCAAUUUUUCAAAUUCUUGAAGAGCCAAACUGGGAAUCAGCCCAAAAGAAGUAUAAACUUGACAAGAAACAUAUCCUCAGAAAAUACGAAUGUUUGACCAAAGAAGCUCUAGAAGAGAUUUUGGAGAUAGUUGCAGAAGCUGCAGGGCAAGGUGUUGCCAUCACUGGGGAGAAGCAGCUGAACUCAUGGGACUGGGGAAACUCUGUCAUAUUUGCUGCUACUAUUGUCACCACAAUAGGUUAUGGAAAUGUUGCCCCGAAAACUGAGGGCGGCCGUGUGUUCUGCAUACUAUACGGUUUGUGUGGGAUCCCCCUGUGUUUGGUCUGGAUCAGUCAGCUGGGCUCCUUCUUCGGAGAUCGGGCCAGACGUUUGUCCCAGGUCCUCAUUCGCAGAGGGGUCUCAGUGAAAAAGGUUCAGUUAACGUGCACAGUGUGCUUUCUGCUCUGGGGGCUUAUUUUGCAUUUGUUGAUGCCUCCACUUGUGUUCAUGUCAAUGGAAGGAUGGACUUAUCUGGAAGGCUUGUACUUCUCUUUCAUCACACUCACUACUGUCGGUUUUGGAGACUACGUUGCAGGCGUCAAUCCCAACAUCCACUACCCACGGUUGUAUCGAGUGCUCGCAGAGCUGUGGAUCUACAUGGGGCUGGCCUGGCUAUCCCUCUUCUUCAGCUGGAAUGUGCACAUGGUUGUAAAGGCCCACAAAGUGUUGAGGAAACGUAGACAUCGACAUCACGAAGAAGAAAAACAAUCAGAAGAAGAAAAACAAGUCCCAGAAAUUAGGCCGACUGUCAUAGAUAUCUUCAACUUUCUGUCUGAAACCAAUGAGGACGAUUACAACACCGUUAUGAAACAGAUAGCACAUCAAGCAAAGAAACCCAAACCUCCGGAGAACAUUAACCGCUCCAAAAGUUGCAGUGACAUUCUUGACAUCCAGACUCUUGAGGAGUCUCCACGACAGAAACGAAGGAAGAGCAUUAGUGAGCUGUUUCUUAAUGUGCCACAGUCUGCAAAAGUAAUAAAAGAGGGUUAUAAGAACCUCAAUGCAGAUGGUGAAAAUAAAGAAUUGAAUGAGAAAGGUAACAACAAUGAAUCAGAUAUGGAAAAAGAGGGCAUAUUUAUUACAGUGCCAACCAAUGUAGAGCUUGCAAAUACACAGAACAUACAAUUUCCCAGUAGCGCUGAGUCAAGGUUUACAAUCAGUAAAGUUGCUGAAACUGAGUUGUUACUUAAUAAAGAAGGAAAAGGGUGACAACAUGGUAUAAAGUAGGUGAAUGUGGCAGGCAUUAA